GAAUGCAAAUCACGGAAAAUAAUUUUAACCAAUCACGUGCGUCUGACAGCUACUGCCUGCAGUAUAUAUAUAUAUAUAUAUAUAUAAACGUCGCACAUCUCUCUUCACUACACUUCUAAAUAAAAGCUUAAAGUUUCUGGUCGCGCAGCAACAACUUAACCUAGAUAUUACAAAAAAAUUAAUUAAAAAACACAAAAAUGCUUUACUUAGAAGAUUAUGUUGAAAUGAUUGAGCAUUUGCCUCAGGAACUGAGGGACCGAUUCACGGAGAUGCGUGAAAUGGACCUAGGUGUUCAGAAUUCGAUGGAUAGUUUGGAGAAGAAGGUAAAAACGUUUUUCGGUAAUGCCAAAAAAAUGAAACCCAAUGAGAAAGAUUCCGAGUAUGAAGCUAUUAGAAAAGAGUAUUACAAAACUUUGGAGGAUGCUGAUGAAAAAGUUAAUUUAGCUAAUUCAAUGUACGACUUGGUAGAUAGAUAUCUCAGGAGAUUGGACCAAGAGCUCCACAAAUUUAAAAUGGAGCUUGAGGCUGACAAUAAAGGAGUAACGGAGAUUCUAGAGAAGAGAUCAUUGGAGCUUGAUCAGCCACCAACAAACAGUAGCCAAAAGGAAAACCGCUACAGUUUUACGUCGAGUAGAUCUCGAGAUUAUCAUAGUCAUUCACGAUCUGAAAAGCGGCGAGAUUCAAACGCAUCAACAGCAUCAGUGGAGAAGCGCUUAGCUGCUGAAAAAUUGACCUCAAGUAUAUCCGAGCCUCGUCCAACCUCAGCUAACUCAGGAACGCUGAUAGCAGCUGCUAAUUUGACUCCCCCGACUGCUAGCGUCAAUCCAGUGACCAACGUCAGCUACAAUUUAGGACACAUAGGUGCUGGUGGGAACGCCAUUGCGGCAGCAGCUUCUCAGGCCAUCGCGGCAACCCAGCAGAUGCAGCAAGGCAGACGAACUGCCAGUCUCAAAGCCAGCUACGAGGCAAUAAACACCGGUGGUGGUGUCCACGCCGCUGAAUUUAGCAAAGAACUCGCUGGUGCCGCGCAAACUGCCAUCGCUGCGAUACAGGAGACCACCAAGAAACACAAAAAAAAAGUGACUACGGUAUCGAGCUCAAGCGUAAUUGGAGCAGCUGCUCAGCCAGCAGUAUCUCCAUCGAUUGUAACCACACCAGUAGCCACUGCUAUUACUGAUCCUGAUAAUCCUGACUGGACUUAUGACCCCAAUGAACCACGUUACUGUAUUUGUGACCAAGUAUCCUAUGGCGAUAUGGUUGCUUGUGAUAAUGCUGAUUGCCCCCGUGAAUGGUUUCAUUAUCCAUGUGUGGGUAUUACAGCAUCACCAAAAGGAAAAUGGUAUUGUCCACAAUGUACGUCUUCAAUGAAAAGACGUGGAGGCCGGAAAACUUAAUUUUUAAUAAAAUAAAUACUGCAAAUAAUAAACUUUUAAUUAUAAGUUAUGUUAUAAAUCGGAAUAGUUGUUUAUAUUUAAAGUAAUCGAUUUAAACAAUUGAAACUUGUACUA